AUGUUAACGUCGUGCAUUCUCACCACAGAAACAGCUAUUAAUUUUGGUGGUUUUGGCUAUGAGAGUUCGAUUCGUUAUAUUGUUCCUCCUCAUUCAGCGAGCGUUUGUACCGAUAUUGAUCAUUUCACUAGCACAGAUCAUUGUCAUCUUGAUCAAAAUCACUAUCAUCAUUUGGUCGUCAGUACAUCGUCAUCGUCAUCCUCAUCAUCAUCGUCAUAUUCACCACCAUUUCAAUCAGAAUCAAGACCGUCUGAUUGCCAGUUUCUGAAAAUCAACUUAAGACAACGAGGAUCCUCAACUAUCGAACGUAAUGGUGCAUCUGAAUCGACAUCUUUUAUCAUACACCAAAAAGGUGAUCCAGCUCAGCAAAGAACAAGUCGAGAAGACGAACGUCAGCGAUGUGGAAGGCAAACAAAAACCGUCAAAACGCAAACCACAUCCUGUGAGACAACUGAUGCGUGCACCGAAGCGAUUGCUCAAAGACUUCGGCAAAUGGCUGAUGAAUUCGACAGGGAAUUUUACACUGAGGAACCAACACGACCAUUCCACGCAAUCCUAUAUGCGUUUGUAACGUUCAUAAUAUCAACGCUCCAUUAA